CCGGAAAGAGCCGAGGAAGACAGUCGGCAGUCGCUGGGGCGAGUGAGCGGUCACGACAGUGUGUGUUCAUCGGUGAGGUCCGGUGCUGGGGUGUGAGCCAUCAUGGGAGCCUGCUUGGCAAUCUGUUCGCUGGCGAGUUGUGCUUCGUGUCUGUGUGGAAGUGCAUCAUGCCUGCUUUGUUCCUGCUGUCCCUCUGCCAAGAACUCUGUGGUGACUCGCCUUGCCUAUGGCUUCUUCUUGUUCCUAGGAACAGUUGUUUCGUGUAUUAUGAUAGCACCAGGCAUUGAAGUUCAACUAAAGAAGAUUCCUGGAUUUUGUGAAGGAGGUGCCAGUAUUCCCUUCAUUCAGGCAAAUGUUAACUGUGACAUCAUUGUGGGUUAUAAGUCUGUCUAUCGCAUGUGCUUUGGGCUGGCUGGCUUCUUCUUUCUGUUUGCUUUGAUCAUGAUCCGCGUGAAGAGCAGCAAAGACCCCAGGUCUGGACUGCAGAAUGGAUUCUGGUUUUUCAAAUUUUUGGCCUUAGUGGGAAUCACUGUUGGCGCUUUCUUCAUUCCUGAUGGUACCUUUACAACAGUAUGGUUCUACUUUGGUGUAGUUGGAGCUUUCUGCUUCAUUCUCAUCCAGCUAAUACUUCUCAUCGAUUUUGCUCACUCUUGGAGCCAGCUCUGGGUUGAGAACAUGGAGGAGGGAAAUUCCAAAUGCUGGUUUGCUGCCUUAUUUACCUGUACGGCUCUAAACUAUCUCCUCUCAAUCACUGCAGUUGUAGUGUUGUAUAUUUUUUACACAAAACCUGAUGACUGUACGGCAAAUAAGGUGUUCAUCAGUCUGAACCUCAUCUUCUGUGUUAUUAUUUCUGUUGUGUCCAUCCUGCCAAAGAUUCAGAAAGCUCAGCCUCAUUCAGGAUUGCUGCAAGCUUCUGUCAUCACUCUCUAUACUCUGUAUGUGACCUGGUCUGCCAUGACAAAUGAACCAGAAAGAAAAUGUAACCCCAGCCUACUGAGCAUUGUCCAGCAAACCAUGAGCAACUCGACUGUUGCUCCGCCACCUCAUUCGUUAGUCCAGUGGUGGGAUGCCCAGAGCAUUGUCGGAUUGGUUAUCUUUCUUCUUUGUGUGCUUUAUGCAAGCGUCAGAUCAUCAAGUAAUGAACAAGUUAACAAGUUGAUGAUGACUGAGGGAAGUGAAAGCUCAGUGGGUGACUUCUCUGUUGCCCAUGAAGGUGGAUUUCAUCGUGCAAUGGAUAAUGAGCAGGAUGCUGUUACCUACAGUUACUCAUUCUUCCACUUCUGCCUGUUCCUGGCCUCUCUUUACAUCAUGAUGACACUUACCAACUGGUACCGUCCCAACUCUGAUUACUCGGCUGUGCAGAGUGCCUGGGCAGCUGUCUGGGUGAAGAUCUCUUCCAGCUGGGUUGGACUCCUGUUGUACCUGUGGACUCUGGUUGCUCCUCUCAUACUGUCAAAUCGUGACUUCAGCUAAGCUAAUUGAUGCUACUCAGCCACCUGCUAUUUUAUAUAUUUUCAUUGGACUGAAUUCUUCCACUACCUUAAUUAUAAACAUGGAAACUUAAACAAUACUUCAUACUUGUGGCACAAAGUAUGGUACCACACCAUUUUGGGAUUGUUCGUUUCCAAUCAGGAUGUCUUUUUAUGUAUUUACUAAAUUUUUGUCACUUAUUUUCCAUAUUCUUUUGAAAUGCAACUUGUACAACUGUUACAGAUAAUGAAACCAUUUUCUGCCUUUCCUGUCUGACAAAGUUGGUGUUUGAUGCUGCCAUUUUAAAUCAUCUGUAAAUAUUUUAAGAAACCUUCCUCAGGUUGGUCAGCUUUAGUGUGAUCAAAAACUUUUUUUGAUGAAACCUGAAGGGAAAUCUUUUUAUUUUGCUGUAUCCAUUGCCUCCUGUCUGUGGAGGUGCUGUAGUGCCACCACAAGUAGGAAGAUGCAGUAGUGUUACAUAUUCACAUAGACAGAUUCCAUCAUGGCAAUUUGAAUGCAAAUGUAAGGGCAGGUGGUAUUACUUUGAGAUAAGAGCUCAAUGAUGAACAUGUAAUCUUGUUGAAAUAUUCCUUGUCCUCUAACUUUGUUUACUUUGAAAAUUGUACCUGGUGUAUCCUUUCCGUAUACAGUGCAUUAAGCUGACCUAAUUUUUAAAAGCGACUUGACCUGCUGUGGCCUGGCAAGAAAUAUAAUCACAGAAUAUUUGCAAAUAUGUGCAUCAUGUCAUUAAUAUUUCAGCUUAGUUUAUCAUUAGCAUAUUUUUAGUAUUUAAGAAACUUAUGUGAGUUUUGGGUGAUAAGGCAACUGUGACUUGAGGUUACAAAGUUUUAUGGCAUAUUGUUUAGACUUAUUAACAAGGAUUUAAAGUUGAAGUUUACAGGAACAAGAACGAAACAGUAAUGCAAAAUACUGAAUCGCUUAGUGACAUUUUUGAAAUAAUUCAUAGAAAUAAUGAAUGGUACAGUGCAUCAGAAGGGAGUUAUUUUCGGAAUUAAAAAGGCAAACUUGAAAGUUGUAUUUUUAAAGCUUUCAAUGCAUAAGGGAUAUUAAACAGUCACCAGACAAUGUUGGCUUUUAUUGAGACUCCUCAUGCCAUUGUGAAAACUGCCAAUGGAAGCAGAAAGAUGACCAGAUUUAGUAAGGCUGGGACUGGGAUGAUUUAUUUAAAAGAUAUGCAGGAGAAUGAUGUUUUAUUCACCUUUGAGGAUCAACGUGGACAAAAAUAACAGCAAAGAAAAUAGGGAAAGAUAAAGCUAUCAUAUUUUAACUAAUUCUGAAGCUGGAAGUGCUUUCCAUAGAGUGAUUAUUUUGGGAGUGCUGGAAGGAAAUUUUGAUUGUGUUGUUUGUGUAGAUGUUGCAGAAGAGUGUUCAAACGAAGCUGGUGCAAUCUUCUGGAAGCAACUGAGAAGCUAGUUGCAAUUUGAUUUCAAAGUAAAGUACCCCAGAGAAAGGAUUGUUUUCUUUUUUUAAAAAAAGUCACUUUUUUUAAAAAUGGAAAGCAUUCUAAAAUGGAAAACUUCAUUCGCAGGGAUAUAAUCUAUGCUGGAGUAAUAAUUAUUAUUGUAGUGAUUUAGCACUUCAGUGUGACAUGAUGCAGCAUGUUUAGACCAGUCAAGAUUUGCAGCAUUCACUAUUGCUUUUGAAUGCUUAUCAAAAGUACUAAUUCAAAAUUAGGAAUGAUAUCUGCCACUUAUAAACCUCACUUGUAAACAAGUGGAAGGUAAAUGAGUUUUUUAUACAUUGUGAUCUUGAAAUUUUAUAUUAAAUGUUGUACCCACAAAGCUGUUAUGAGUUGCUGAAAACUGCCUUGAUUUUUGAAAAACCACGUAUAGGAAAUGAUUUAUUGCCUGGAAAAUUAAAUAGCUUUUUGAAGCAUCAAAAUAUGCCUUACCAAUUGUGCCUAAUUUAGAAGAUAUUGUGCUUGGUGAAUUUCAUUUGUUAAUGAAGGCAAAUCACUUUGUCCUUUCAGAUCUUUAUUUUUGCUACCUUCCCCAAAUUGACAAUUUAUGCAAACAAGAUCAGGUACCAAAUCUUGCAAGCACAGAAAUCCAUGCUGUAAUUGUGCACAUUGGUCACAAGGUGUCGCACCACUUCAGUCACUUGCCUGAGUGGUAAUUCCCUUUUGUAAUGAAACUAACAAAUUCUCCAGGGAAGGAAGGACUUUGCUGCAUUUGAUUGUGCUUUUCUCCUAAGUGUUUUGCUGCAAUGUAUUACUGCUGACUGCGAAAGGAGACUCCUUGAAACAGUUAGAAGAAAAAAAUUUUUAAUGUUUUUUUUAUCUUUCUUCAGAACAAGAUCAGUGAUUGGGAAAAUUGAAACAUAUGUAUUUAAUCUUGUAGUUAUUAUUAGUCACUCCUGAGCAGAUUGCUGUAUUUGUAAAAUAUGCGUCAUUUAUAAAUCUAAUGUAGGGUGUAUCAAUAAAGACCUUUUCAUCAAAUUUGAA